AGUAACGAUGGCGGCCACCCGGAAGUGGUGCGUGUUUAUUUAUUAUUAAUAAAAGUCAAACAUUAAGACGUUUAAAUAUGUGUUAGACGUGAAAGUAGCGAACUAACGACCGCAAAACAACAUUAGCAGGAGUAAAAGCCGCCUCGUUUAGUUUCUUGUUUACAAAAAGAAGAUAAUGAGUUUUAGCUAGUGCUACUUUCCAACUGCAGUCCAUAGGUGACUUUCCUUUUCACUUCCACGUUCAUCCCAUUAUUAUAUAUGAAUAACAGUCAUGUGACCUGCUGUCACGCACCUUCAGGAGCAGGUAUGGACACGGAGCAGCCAGGUAAGACACCUUCCUCUUCUAUUCAAGUGCAAAAGAAGGAGUGCCAAGGAGCAAGAUGAAUAAAGAGUGUGAGGACUCAAUGAGAGAAAAGAAACAAAUUGAUUUCAGCAACAUCUACAGCAAAGAGCUGCUGCCAGCAUCAGGAGGAGAAGAAGUAACCAGGAUGUUUAUUCAGCAGCUGAUCAACUUAUUGAUCGAUUACAUCUGCAAGUCACAUCGCACUCACUCCAAGGUUUUAGACUUCCAUCACCCUCACCAGCUCCUGGAAGGUCUGGAAGGUUUCAGUCUGGACUUGCCCGAGUCAGCAGAAACCCUGGAACAGAUCCUAGUGGACUGUCGAGACACGCUCAAGUACGGGGUGGAUACAGGCCAUCCUCGCUUCUUCAACCAGCUCUUUUCAGGUCUGGAUGUGGUCGGUGUUGUUGGCGAGUGGCUGACAUCAGUAGCAAAUACUAACAUGUUCACCUAUGAAGUAUCUCCUGUGUUCACGCUGAUGGAGGAAGUUGUACUGAAGAAGAUGCAAAGCAUUGUGGGAUGGAGUACUCAUGAUGAAGGAGAUGGUAUUUUCUCUCCAGGAGGUGCAAUAUCCAACAUGUACAGUUUGCUGGUGGCCAGAUAUUACUUUUACCCGGAAGUCAAGACGAAGGGAAUGAGAGCGCUGCCUGAACUUGUACUCUUCACUUCACAACAUAGCCACUACUCCCUGGUGAAGUCUGCUGCGGUGUUGGGGCUCGGCAGCGACAGUGUGGUGGAGGUCACGUGUGAUGAAAGACACACAACAGCAAGUAGAAAGAUUCAUUCACAACAAGUCAUCUUUCACCUUUUCAGAGGGAAAAUGAUUCCAGAAGAACUGGAGGCUUGCAUCCUUGCAGCUGAAAAAAAGAACAAGGUUCCGUUUUACGUGAACGCCACAGCAGGAACUACUUUGUACGGCGCCAUGGACCCCCUGGUGGACAUAGCUGACAUCUGCCAGAGACACACUCUGUGGAUGCACGUGGAUGCAUCAUGGGGUGGAGGACUGCUCCUGUCACACAGACACAAGAUCAAACUGCAGGGCAUUGAACGAGCGUGGUCGGUGACGUGGAACCCUCACAAGAUGAUGAGUGUUCCUCUUCAGUGCUCCGUGAUUCUGAUCAAGAAGAAAGGCCUCUUGCAGAAGUGCAACGAGUUGGGGGCGGCGUAUCUUUUCCAGAAAGACAAGUUCUACGACGUGAGCUAUGACACUGGAGAUAAGAGCAUCCAGUGUGGAAGACACGUGGACGUCUUCAAACUUUGGCUCAUGUGGAAGGCCAAGGGGACAGAAGGCUUCGCAGCCGAGGUCAACAAGUGUUUGGAGAACGCAGAGUACUUGCAUGAUUUACUGCAAAGGAGGACCGACUUUGAACUGGUCUUCCAGCACAAGCCCGAGAGCAGCAACGUGUGCUUCUGGUACAUUCCUCCCAGUCUGCGCGGCAUGUUACCUGGACCGGACCGGGACAAGAAGCUCCAUCAGGUAGCGCCUCGGAUCAAAGGGCGGCUGAUGGAGAAAGGCUGUGCUCUGAUUGGCUAUCAGCCCACAAGAAGCAAGGUGAACUUCUUCAGGUGUGUGUUUGUCAACCGUGCCACUCAGAGAGAGGACAUCCACUUCCUGCUGGAGGAGAUCGCCCUGCUUGGCCGUGACUUAUGACUGCAAGUAGUGUAGUUUGCUCACAAUAGUCCAUGAAGUUAAGCCAAGUUGAAGAUGCGGACACCUUUGUUACUGGAUAUAAUCUAACCUGCCUUGGAGACUUUGCAUGCGUCAGUAAUAAGCCACUAGAAUUAAUACUUGUCUGUAUUGAUCAUUGAUUAUCACUAGCUUGUGUGCUUAGCUGUUGUGUAGCUGCCCAUAGCCUAGCAUGACCAGGACUUUACAAAAUAAAAGCCCAACCUUGUACACCUUUUGUCCAUGACUUUGCAAAAUAAAAGCCAAACCUUGUA